GAGCCAGCCACUCACAGCAACAGUAGUGAGAGCUCCCCAACACUUUAACUGUCAAUCAGGCUUAAUGGGGUAUAAAAACCUCCCCAGCGCUGCGGCUGUGAUAGCCGGAGAGCGCCAUAGGGAGAAAUGAGAAAGAGCCAGCGCUGAAAUAGUGCACGGCGUAAUUCCUGCUCUGUGAUCUCAGAUACUCCCAAGUGAAAAACCCGGCGAGGGGGCAGCGAGAGGCGGUUUGAUAACAGCUCAACCUCUGCAACCGGCUCAGGACCGAACGGCUACAGAUAUUUAUAGAUAUGAAAACAAAACCAACAACCUUACCCUGAGUUGAGCCUUUCUUAAAAAGAAGGUCCUGGCAGUUCUCUCUUAUUUAAGCAAUUUCCUGAGUCUAAGAAUAGAAAUGAGCUGCCUGGAAGGCACUGCAGGCUGAAAUUUGGAGACACAGGCUGCUUUAUUUUAUUUUUCUAAAUAUAAAAGCCUUCCAUUUGGAUACUGGAUUUUUAUGUUGGUCCUUGAAGCUGAGGGAUGGAUAGUUACUUUUAAUUUCACUUUUUUUUUUUCCCUCUCUUUUAAUUUAAAAAACCCUGUCUUUCCAUUAAAAAGCAAGGAAACCAUUUUACCUGCAUGUGACAAUCCCAGAGGACACUCAUCAAGAAACAGGGGAGUGACUUGGUCUUCUGUACUAUUUUACUCCUACCCCAUUAUUUUUUAGGGGGAGAGAAGGCUUUCUGCCAGUCCAGGAAUCUCACGUCCCCCAAGGUUCGGAAGGGGGUGGAAGACUUGUCACCCAUCUGGGGGUGCAUGAAGGGUAUUGGAUUUCUUUCUCUGUCAACUUGGUUUCGUGAAGGGUUGGAAGAGGAUUUUGCCUUCCUGGCUUGCCUGGAACAAGAGGAUGACUUGGAAGUGGCUGGGCGCUCUGCUGCUUUUCCCUGUGCAGAUGGUUUACCUGGUGGUGAAAGCUGCCGUGUGCAUGGUGCUGCCACCCAAGCUCCGGGACCUGUCUGGGGAGAGCGUGCUGGUCACCGGCGGCGGCAGAGGCAUCGGCCGGCAUCUGGCCAGGGAGUUCGCAAAGCGAGGAGCCAGGAAGAUCAUCCUGUGGGGUCGAACUGAGAAAUGCCUGAAGGAGACCACAGAGGAAAUCAGGAUGAUGGGGACAGAAUGUCAUUAUUUCAUCUGUGAUGUAGGAAAUCGAGAGGAGGUCUAUCAGCAGGCCAAAGCUGUGCGGGAGAAGGUGGGUGAUAUCACUAUCCUGGUGAACAAUGCUGCUGUGGUCCAUGGGAAGAGCCUGAUGGACAGCGAUGAUGAUGCACUGCUCAAAUCACAACAUAUAAACACCCUGGGACAGUUCUGGACCACCAAAGCAUUCCUGCCAAGGAUGCUGGAGUUGCAGAAGGGACACAUCGUUUGCCUGAAUUCUGUCCUGGCCUUGUCAGCUAUCCCUGGUGCCAUUGACUAUUGCACCUCCAAAGCCUCAUCCUUUGCCUUUAUGGAGAGCCUGACGUUAGGGCUGCUCGACUGCCCUGGAGUGAAUGCCACAACAGUCCUGCCCUUUCACACCAGCACAGAGAUGUUUCAGGGCAUGAGAAUCAGGUUCCCUAACCUUUUUCCUCCUCUCAAGCCAGAGACAGUGGCUAGGAGGACAGUAGAAGCAGUUCAGAUGAAUCAAGCAUUCCUGCUCCUUCCGUGGACAAUGCAUGUUCUUGUCAUCCUAAAGAGCAUUCUCCCUCAGGCAGCACUUGAAGAAAUCCACAAGUUUUCUGGGAGCUACACCUGCAUGAAUACUUUCAAAGGACGAACAUAGACUUAAUGGUGCAAGGACUGUUCUUCAGUGGAACCAGCACAAGCAUGAAAAUCCUGACAAGGCUGUGAAUCAGCAGUCUUGGCUUUCAGCCUGUUCAUGUGACUUGCACUGCUCUGAGGCAACACAUUUCUUGCAGGUCAUAUCCAUAGUAACAUGACCUUUGCACAAGAUUGAAUAACUAGACUAUGGACCCUUGGAAAGAAAAACAAAAAGUGUGAAAUGUUUAUAUGAUGGUUAAUUCUUUAGAGUUCAAUUGUUAAAUCUACUCAUAGUUUUAAGAUGUAAUUUUUGUUCCUAAAGUGUCUGUAGGCUGUUUCAGCACAUCACACCCCAUGCAUUCUUUCUGCCCUCUUCAGAGGAACUGUGAUUACAAGCUGCUUCUGGUUUCAUUUCAGCUUUUUCAAUGAGGAACUUAAAAAAUACUUUAAAGAACUAAAAGUUACGGACAUUUAAUGGAAGCUUCCUUCCCUUCCUUCACUUUACAUCCCUUCAUGAAGCUGUUCCCAAAUCACAUCAGGGAAGGAACAAACUGUGGGGCAAUGUUUUCUUUGAUAAGGGCCACCCAGGACUUCUGUCUGGAAGGACUGUACUGGGCUCAGGAAAGCUGUCUUACUUCACUUGAGAAGGCUGGAGGGGAAUGCUCCGUCAAAAGAGCAUUGAAUAGUGGAAUAGUUUGAAUAGUGGAAGAUUCUUUCUGUCACUGAACUCAUCUAUGAAAUUUGUCUUUCUGGGUAUCUUUGUUCAUUUAUGAUAAAAUACAUAUAUAUUUUCAGCUUUAAUCCCAGAUUGCCAUGCAGGUAGGCAGCAUCACACUGGGGAGGAACUAAAUCUAGAACUAAAACUAGAGUCUGCAUAUACAAACAUACAUUCACUGACAUAAUCCAUGCAGAAAAUCCAUUGUUUGAAUCUGAACAGUGAAGUAAGUGGAAUAAUGGUCUAAAAACAAAAGAGACAGUACUUUAGUCCGUAUGAAAUGUGAAGUUUGGAAGCACAGUUAGCAAAGACCUGAUUAAAUGCACACUGAAUUCAACUGGGACUAUACCCAUUGUUUGUUAGGGGCAUUUAGUCAGGCACUGAUCAGCCAGAAGUGAUAAAUACUGCUGGGACUGAAAUGCCAGAAGCAGCUAGACAUUAUUUAUUUUUGUGGUGAUACAUUCUCUUUGACAGCCUAGUAAGAGCAACACUGCAUUCCUGUGCCAGAUGCAGCGUGCAGCACUAGACACAGUAACAUAGCUGGAACCCUACUAAAAGAGGAAUUAAUGUAAUUGCAAUACAAGGAAGCAGCAAGCCCAACUGGAGAACACCUGAAUGAGUGCCUCAAGGAAGGCAACCUGGUUAAAGGAGUGAAUUUAAGGCUCCUGAGUUGAAUUUCAAGCUUUUCUGUAAAUGUCCUCUGUAACCUGAGGCAAACUGCAUAAUUUCAAACCUGACCUGCAAAGCAGAUAUUUAUAGUGUGUCCCUACCUCAGAGUUGUAAGUCUGACUACCUAAAUGUUUGCCAAAAACUCGGCAAAUUCAAAUGGAACAUGCUCUAGAAAGGAAAAGUAGUAUUUCUUCAGAAAGUAAGAGCUUAUGUACAGAAGUGUAGAAGAGGAAAA